AUGGCAUCCGAGUCAAAGGUCGAACCUCAGGUGGACGAUGUGGAGGGUGUGGAAACAAUCAUUACACCUGGGGCAGCAAAUGCGACGAAAUCUGAUACCUCCAAAGCUCAAAAUGGCGCCGCAAGUAGUUCUUCAUCUGGAUCAGCGGCUGUACCGGAUGCUGUGUUGCAGAAACAAAUGGAAGAGAUCAUGAGGAAAGUAGCAAAGGUAGAUCUGAUACGAAACCUCGCCGCAAAUGAUCAAAGGACUCGCAAGAACCCAAAGGACAUGGACCAGUAUAAGUUUUGGAAGACUCAACCAGUUCCGCGCGUUGGUAGGUCGAGGGUAGAGGAAGGAUUGCCUUGA